AUGGUAGCGGUGUUACCGCCCGCGGGUUUUCGGGCCUACCGAGGUCGGCGGCGGCAGCGGGCGUGCGCGCACGGUGCCGGACCGGAUUUCGUGGUCGGAACGCUCGCGCGCUCGGCGGCCAGGUUCAAGGUUGCGCCGGGCGGCCGUCCGGGAGGUCCGCCGUUCGCCCGCGGUCGCGCCGGUUCGGCCGUCGUCGGCUACGGAAUUCCGAACGGGGCCUCCGCCGUCGCCGCCGCCGCGCGCUGGGCAAGCGCCAAACGCGCGUAA